CUCGGGAGCUGCUGCUGCCGCUCGGCAGCGCGUGCCGGGGACGGCGCGAGGCGCUCCCGCCACGGCGCCUCCCUCUCGGCGGGCGGCUCCCCUUCGCCUCAGCCGCGGGGAGCGGGCGCGGGAUGGCCGCCUCGGGCGGGCUGGAGCGCGGAGCGCUGGGCUGAGAUGAGGGAGCGGAGCGAGCCGUGACCGCCUGCGAGGAUCAUGCCGUCGGGAAGGGAGCCGGGCUCCCCUCGGCUGCGGGAUCCGAUCGGGGCGGCCGCCCUGUCAGCGCCCGGCAGCGCCUAAGCCCGCGCCGCGCUGCCCCCGCGCAUCGCCAUGGACGAGCGCUUCAACAGGUGGCUGCUGCCGCCGCUGCUGGCGCUGCUCUUCUUGCUCAUCGUCUACCAGUACGUGUCGCCCGCCUGCCCCGGCGCCGCCUGCCCCCGCCGCCCGCCGGCCUCCGCCGCCCGUCGCGGGGGGGGCCCGGCGGAGCGGGAGGAGGAGGAGGCGGCGGCGGCGGCAGCAGCGAGCGCCGCGGAGGAGGAGGCGGAGGCGGCGGCGGUGCUGCCGCGACUGGUGGCCAAGUUCCCGUUCGCGCGGGGGGAGCUGUGCCGGCGGGUGCGGUUCGACAUGCGGGGCCGCGACGUGAUCGUCUUCCUCCACAUCCAGAAGACGGGCGGCACUACCUUCGGUCGGCACCUGGUGCGCAACAUCCGCCUGGAACAGCCCUGCUACUGUCGGGCCGGGCAGAAGAAGUGCGCCUGCCACCGCCCGGGCGGCGACAAGGACACCUGGCUCUUCUCCCGCUUCUCCACCGGCUGGAGCUGCGGGCUGCACGCCGACUGGACCGAGCUCACCAGCUGUGUGCCCGCCGCCAUGGAGCGACGCGGCUGCGCCGGCAACCGCACCCUCAGGAACUUCUAUUACAUCACGAUGCUGAGGGAUCCAGUGUCACGGUACUUGAGUGAAUGGAAGCAUGUCCAGAGGGGUGCGACGUGGAAAACUUCCCUUCAUAUGUGCGAUGGAAGAAGCCCAACACCAGACGAGCUGCCUACCUGUUACGAAGGAGAUGACUGGUCUGGAGUCAGUUUACAAGAAUUCAUGGAUUGUAGCUACAAUUUGGCCAACAACCGCCAGGUGCGCAUGCUGGCAGACCUCAGCCUGGUGGGAUGCUACAACUUGACUUUUAUGAAUGAGAGUGAAAGAAAUACGAUUCUUCUCCAAAGCGCCAAGAACAAUCUGAAAAACAUGGCCUUCUUCGGGCUCACAGAAUUUCAGAGGAAAACGCAGUAUUUGUUUGAGAGGACAUUCAACCUGAAAUUCAUUUCCCCAUUCACCCAAUUCAAUGUUACGCGGGCCUCCAAUGUGGACAUUGGUGAAGAUGUGCGGCAACGGAUAGAAGAGCUGAAUUUCUUGGACGUGCAGCUUUAUGAAUAUGCGAAGGACCUGUUCCUGCAGCGCUUCCAGUACUCCAAGCAAGAGGAGCAUCAGAAGAACCGUCUGAAGAGGCGAGAGGAGAGGCGGCUGCUGCGGGAGCAGAGAGCUCACCAGUGGCCAAGGGAAGAGGCAGCAGAAGUAGCCAUUACUGAAGAUUAUAAUAGCCAGGUUGCAAGGUGGUGAUGGUCCUCCAUCUUGACUAACCAAUGAGAGGAUCAGAGAGUUGUGCAACUUGGCUACCUGGGAAUUAGGCAAGGAAGGCCUACCGCUUUGGUAAAUGAGACCACGUCUGACAACUACCCCUCCUUGUCUCAGUUUUUCUUGGUUUCUGCCAGUGAGGAGAAUGUAUUUUUUUCCUAAUAGGCAUUGAUUAGUGUUAUUAAAUGGCAGUAGAAUAGAUUCCUGUCCGAAAAGACUUCCUUCAAAGCCCUAAGCUAUGAGGAUGUGUCGAAGAGAGAGCUAUAUCCUUUGCGUUAACAGAUGUACCCUAUACAAUCUGAGCUACCAAAACUUGCACAGACAUGAAUGAAAAAUUGGGGGGAAAAAAAAAAAGUUUUGGUUCCUCUGUGACAUAAGAGCUGUUUUAUUUCACACUGUCCUUUGCAACUGUAGUGUGUAGCUUUCUAGUGAAGGAAAUGGAGGAAAGCAUAUUUCUCUUCAAACUUUUACAUGCUGUGUUUUAAGGGAAGAAUUUGCUGAGGUGAUUUAUAAAAGACCUAGGAAAUGUGGAAUUGGGGCGUCACUUGUUCUGAUCUGUCAGCCAGCAAUCAGAGAUGAUUUAUAAGUGAAGUGAUGGGGGGGUUAGCUUAUUUCUCCACAGAUGUAGAGAGUACCAAACCCAGCCAGGUAGCAGCCAUCCUUCUGAGUGCACGUGGCAAAGGGAAAGCCUUGAGAAAUGAGGUCCAUGCAGCAGCUGGGCACAUGAGAUUAUCUGGCUGGAGGCAAUGAAAUCAGCCUUCACAUUCACAAAAGGUGAAGAGGGGCCAAGCAAGCUAUGGGGAAGAGGAAAGAGAGAACAGGAAAAGCCUAAAUAUUAGUGUGACAUCUUCCAGAUUUGCUGUAAGAGCCUGGAGAUAUAUUGUCUGUGAAGGUAGGCAGGUUUAUGAUAUUGUCUGUUAAAAUACAUUGAUGCCAAGUGAAUACAAUUUAAAGUGGUUUUCUCUCUAACUACGGUAGUGGCUAGAAAAAAAUCAGCUUUCGUUUCUAUAGGAUACAUAAUGGAUAUGUGGAAAGUCUUGAUAUUUAUUACUCUGUAUGAAGAUUCUUUGUAAAUUUAUUGUUUUCAUGAUGAGAGAUCUGUACCUGGUUUUGUUCCUUGUCUAGAAAAAGAUUCAAUGGGUUCUUCCUCCACAUAUUACUUUCUUGUGGCUAAACUGCAUCUAUUUAUUCCAAGGUUUUAUGUUGUUCCAUUCGUAAUAGUGAAAUUUUAAAAAGAGGGUCCUGUGCACCAUGGAUCUUUUGAGAGAGUUUUUUUCCUUCUUCUUCUUCUUCUAGCAUAAAUGUAAAGCAUUAGGAGGAAAUUUCUCUAAGUGCCUCAACGUGGCUGCUAAAUCAAGAUGCUGAAAGUAUAUUAUUGCAUGCAUGAAUGGCUUUUACCUUACAGAUUUGCUAAUUAGAGAUACCAGAGUACCUGAUGUGGAUGCACAUUUCUCAUUUCUUUUCAAAAUUCAAGGUUUUUAUCCAGUCAGUAAAAAAAUAAUGUGUUACAGAAAAAAGAGGCUGAAUUUGAAAAUUUGUCCUUUCAUUUCCAACUCUUUUUUUUGCAGUGCAUGCUGUAUCUUCUUUUCUUCUGACAAUGCUAUUGCUACUUAUCUAUGCACAAUAUCAAAAAUAUGAUCUAAUGAUCCUGUGGAGAGUUAAGGCAUACAAUAAUACAUUAAACAUGGAAUAUCAUAAUGUCUAUUAAGAACAGAAGUGGGCUACCAGGUUGAUGCCUCGUUAUCAAUGUAGUUUAUUAGCAAUAUGCUGCUUUACACCUGAUUGUCAAUGUGCUACGUUUAGGGUGAAUAGCGGUGUUUUUUGGUCCAUAAUACCUGUUCCACUGGUGGAUCAUGUGCAUCUCCUCCCACCUCUGCAUUCAGAAGGGAAAACACGGGACUGCAGAUGGUUAUUCUCCUGCCCAAGCAUGGGAUGUCUGCCUUAGAGAAGAGUGAGGAGCUCUCUAGACUCCCUGGACAGUACUGCUUGGAUCCCCACCGCCUGGAAGAGGUGCUUAGACACCUCACACACAUGUGGACACCUACCUUCAGAGAUUUAAAUUGAAAUGUUUACAGUCUGGGACUGAAGCUCGUUCUGCGUGUCCUGGCUGCAGGAUGGCGAGGCCAUGAAGAGCUAAGCCUGACCAGUAUUAUUGCACCUUUAGCGCAGUGCAGGUAAUUCGCAGUGAGCUGCCGUCUUACCCACUGGCACCAGGGCUUCAGGCUGGGCUGGUCCUGGCCCUGCGGGGGGAAGGGGCUUUCAGGCUGGUGACGCAGGGAUGACAGGGAGCUGCUGCAUCUCCCUGUUCCUGGGCCCGUUGCUGCUUCUUGCUGCAGACCCCGCAGCAAGAGAGGGGAAGGAUGCCUCUGGCACCCGGUACGCCACAUCCAGGAUUUGCAGGUGUGCUGCUUAUGCCUGUGGGUGCAGAGGUGGUGUGGGCAGUGGUGUGGGGCAAGCAGGAGAGUCAGGGCUGGCUGGCAGGGCGCAGGGGCUUGGCAGGAGGCAGGGCUGGCGGGAGAGAAGCCAGCCACGUGGGAGGAAAGAUGCAAGGCCAAAUUCACAUUAAGAAGGAAGAUAAGUGAGGAAGUUGAAUCAAUCCCAGCGCAUCUUUUGUUGUAAAGCAUCCCUUCUUUUUCCUCACCAGCACAAAAACAGGGUCCCCUUCCUUGCGUCCUUACCUCUUUCCCCAGCAGGCCACCCCUCUGCGCCACUCAUGGCAAUGGGGGUCUUGUUUUUCAUUUAGAAAAUGCAGUGUCGUCAUUUCAGAAGAGAGGAGAGAGAGGUCAGAAAUUGUUCCCUGCAGCCUCACCAGUAAGUACCAAUUUCAGAUGCCUAAGCACACCAACCAUUCUCCAGACUAUUCCUUCUGCCUGACACUGGGCGGUUUACAUUAGCUUUAAUAGUUUGGCAAUACCUUAAUGCAUGCCUAACCUUUUCCUCAGUCAUUUCCCAGGAGACAAGAUUAGGGUCCUGAAGAGCUCCUAAUGUGCUGUAGAAUCUAUGUUAACGAAAUUUGCCUUAAGGCUUGGGAUUUAUUUAAAAUUGAAGUUGGUUUGUUGGUGGUUUGGUUGUUGGGUUUUUUUUUUUCUGGAGGCUGUGUAGCAGAUAGCCUUGGUUGUGCAGAAGCAUUUGGGGAAGGGGGGCAGCCAGCAGCUGAGAUCUUGCCCAGAGCCCCUGGGACUGAAGGACCCGGCACCUCCUUCCCCAGCUCCAGCAGCAGAUCCAGCAAACUCACUGUGCCAACAAUACCGGUUUUCUUUGCAGGAUUUCCUGGCACGACACGUGAAAAAUAAAGCAGUUUGGAAAUACUUUCGGGCUGACUUCUAAGACACAGGCUUGCAGAUUUUUUUCCUCUUGGGCACUGGGUCCAAAAAAAUGUAAUGCAAAAGCAAAAUAAAGGCCCUGGUUCCUAUCUCUGUUUUUCCAGGUUUUCAUUGCUCUCACAGCACGGACUUCACUGUAAUUACACUGGCUCGUAUAAGAUCAGAGUGCAGUGUGUUCCUUUCAAAACCUUUGGGACCAACAAUGCUAUAGGAUUUCUGCCCAUCUUCCUGGAGUUAUUUUGUUGCUUAAACAAAACAAUUUGGCUUCUGCUACUGUGGUGCUGAAACAAAUCUCAUUCUUUAGUAAUGGAGAUGUACUUGCUAAUCUCUCCCAUCAUGUCCUCAGCACUGGCUGCCUUUUCCAGUUAUAAUUCACUGUAGGCUUGGAGCAGACAGAGAAACAUGCUGUGUUGUUAAAACUUGUUCCUGGUAAUUCGAUGUCUAGUCCAAGAACUCAGCCUAUUGCCUAUGGGCUGUACUUUAUUAAGAAAUGAAAAUUUGUCCUUUCUUCCCCACUCAUCAGUGCUAACAAUAAAAAGCUUUAUCACUGUGGGGAAAGAAAAAACCCACCAUUUCUGAUGUUGGGUAUUCUUCACUGCGGUUGUGUUAACAAUGGGGCUGCUAUAGCCUUGCCAGGACUUCUACCCAAUAUGUGGUAGUUAUUUGCACGUCACUAAAUCAGAAGUACAGAGCAAAAAAGUGAUGGAAGUCAGAUCCAGGGCCAGACUUCCUAACUGUAGUGUAUUCGUUCAGCCAAACCAAAUGGCAGCUCACAUCACCUUUGCAUCUGGAGAUGUUUUAGCAACCAGGAGGAUUCUCAAGUUGGCCUUCUUGUUAACACAUGCUUCCUUCUGCACUAGUGGAUUCUUGUUUCCCCCCUGCAGUCUUGUAUCGGUUGUGAGCAUUGAUGUUAUAAAACUUGUUAUCUCGCUGACACUUUUUUUCUUCCUCUGUUGCUGUUCCCCUGAUAUAUGUGGAAAUAUUCUUUUUUGGUCUGGGAUAAGAAAUAUCCUGUUUCCAGGCUGGUGGAGACUACCCUGUAUGAGAUGAACAAUCACAAUAAAAUCAUUUUGCUGGAGCAGAUCACUGUAUCCUCCCUACAUGUGGCAAAAGCAUACUUGGAAAAGGUACCAAGUUUGCACUGAAACACUUUCUUCAGUUUAGUUCUUCUAAUAUUUUCUUCAUUGAUAUUUUGUGGAGGGAAAUGGGUUCCAUAGCCUACCAUGUCCUUGGCUUUCUUCUUGGCCAUAUCACUAGCUCUGUAAUUUCAAAUAUAUGUUGGAAGUGGAAAAAAAAAAAUCAACAGUUCCCAUCAGUUGCCAUAUUUAAGAUGAAAGGGUAAAUGAAUAGGUUGUAAAUUACUUCAUUCUUUAGGAAUUUUCCUUCUGUUUAUGUGCAAUAAUGUGUGUGAACUCUGCUACUAAGAGAUUGUAUUGUGAGUAACCAUAUCUACUUUUAUUCCUAUUUACAAAAUAGUUUGUAGACCUAGGGAUUUUCAUUGAUGUAAAGCACAAUUUAAUGAAUUAUUUAAUGUGUUUAACCAUUGUGAUGUCAAAAGCAAUUGUUUUCAUAUAUUUAUUUGUUGGUGGUUUUCUGUAAAAUGAUGCUCAUUAAGAAAUCUGUUAAAAAUGAAAAAGUUUUGUUGAAUAUUGUUGGGUCCAUGAAUUACUU